GGGAGGCACUUCUCCGUCUGGACGCGAUGUCAGACGAGCCGAGAAAGCUCGUUCACAACGAAUCGUCGGGGGGCAUUCUCCUAGAGUAACCUUUGGCCGGAUUCGUCUCAGUCCCGACGAGGAAACAUGAUCUGUUCAGGCAGCUGUUUUUCUUAACGGCACUUGGACUUUAAGUUGGAGACGUCGCCGCCAUACAGUUUAAUGCAUGGACGGUUUCGCAAGCUCGCCGGUCACAAAUCAGCAGUUAUCAAAGUUGCUGUUUCACAACCGCAAGAGUCCGAAGGAUAACUCAGGCCACGUGAGGAGCUGACGUACAUGACCACUACGGGAGCUCGGGAGAGUUCAGUCGGUUCACCCCUCGAGCCAGCCCAGAGUGAGCGCUGCCGUUCCCCGGAGUUCACAGCCUGUUCAGCUCGCGGCUGAGACGUUUUCCCGGUGCCUCGUCUUCCGUCGUUUUCGGUCAGAAUGGAGUGUCGCGUGCUGUCCGUGCAGAGUCACGUGGUGCGCGGUUACGUGGGGAAUAAGUCUGCGUGCUUCCCGUUACAGGUGCUCGGCUUUGAAGUAGACUCCAUCAACUCCGUCCAGUUCUCCAAUCACACAGGGUAUGGCCAUUGGAAAGGACAGGUCCUGAAUGCGGAUGAACUGCAGGUUCUUUAUGAAGGACUGAGAUUGAACCAGCUCACCCAAUAUGACUAUAUACUUACAGGUUACUGCAGAGACGAGUCCUUCCUGCAGAGGGUUGUGGAUAUGAUCCAGGAACUGAGGACCAUAAACCCCAAACUGGUGUAUGUGUGUGAUCCAGUGAUGGGAGACCAUGGCUCAAUGUAUGUGCCAGAGGUAUUGUUGCCUGUGUAUAAGGAGAAGGUGGUUCCCAUCGCCGAUAUCCUGACACCCAACCAGUUUGAAGCAGAGUUGCUGACGGGCAGGAAAAUCACUUCUGAGCAGGAUGCUUUAGAGGUGAUGUCUCUGCUGCAUGACGCUGGUCCUCACACUGUUGUCAUCACCUCAUCUGAUCUGCCGUCGCCACGGGGACCAGAGUACCUGGUGGCACUGGGAAGCCAGAGAACAGUGUGUUCAGACGGCUCCAUGAGGACCCAGUGUGUGCGGAUGGACGUCCCCCGUGAGGACGCUGUGUUUGUGGGGACGGGAGAUCUCUUCGCCGCCCUCCUGCUCGCCUGGACUCACACACACCCCAACGACCUGAGGACGGCAUGUGAGAAGACCGUAUCCACCAUGCACCACGUCAUCAAGAGGACCAUGGCCUAUGCCCGCACGGUGGCGGUGGGGAGACGGCCUACUGCAGCAGAGCUGGAGCUGCGGAUGAUUCAGAGUAAAGCGGACAUCGAGGAGCCCUCCAUCGCCGUGCAGGCCCAGCUCAUCUAGAUCCUGCACCUCCCACUCACACCCUCAUAGAACCCCACCAGUGUUCCAUCCCAUUCAGUAGAACCCCACCAGUGUUCCAUCCCAUUCAGUAGAACCCCACCAGUGUUCCAUCCCACACAAUAGAACCCCACCAGUGUUCCAUCCCAUUCAGUAGAACCCCACCAGUAUUCCAUCCCACACAAUAGAACCCCACCAGUGUUCCAUCCCAUUCAAUAGAACCCCACCAGUGUUCCAUCCCAUUCAAGAGAACCCCACCAGUGUUCCAUCCCACACAACAGAACCCCACCAAUAGUUUCAUUCAGUAGAACCCUGCCAGCAGUUCAUCUCAUUCCGUCCAUGAAGUGCAGUUCUGAAAGAGUUGAUUUUAUUCCGUCUAUGAAGUGCAGUUCUGAAAGAGUUGAUUUUAUUCCGUCUAUGAAGUGGAUUUGUAAGCGUUGAUUCCUCUCCUCAUUCCAUCCAUUGAUUCCUCUCCUCUCCAUCGUUCCUCCUAAACGGUUAUGUCAGGAGGGUGUAUGGUGGUGGUGGUGGUGGGGGGGGGGACUUAAGGGGGAUCCACUCCUGGUUUAUUGCAGACAUGCACCGCUGCCUUAUGGUGACAGACCUACAUAGAGAUCAUGCAUACUAAUGUUCUCUCUCACACACACACACACACACACACACACACACACACAUAUCAAACGUGUGUCUAUAAGGGACAUCAUGUGAGCGUGAGCCACACUGCUAGUGUUGGUGAACUCAGAGGGCAGCUUCUGGUCUGAGUUGUCCGUCCAGCUCUACACUAGAGGCGUGCUGUUCACCCAGCUCUACACUAGAGGGAGCAGUCUGCUACCUGAGUGGGGUUGAUUAAUAUUCGUCACCUGAGUGGGAUUGAUUAAUAUUCAUAAGUUCAUUUGAUAAGUAUUUACAGAAUGUGAUUAAUGCUUACUGACUUUGUACUGAACCACAUGUAGUGUAUGAAAAUGUACACACAUUUGUUAAUGAAUUUACUAAUAAAAUAACUGAUUGUUUCUACUGUG